CUGUCCAUAUUAAGCAUCUGAUCAUUGCAGCCUCCAGUCAAAAUACCUUGCCGGUGGAGAUACAUUCAUAACCCCAAUUCUGACUAAUAAAUUGUAUAAUUUCAUGUUUUUCUCCGUGGUCACAUAUCUCAUUUCUCAUCAGAGAUCAGAUUCUCAUGAAUUUGAUCUCAUGGUUCAUCAGAUCAUCUCCCUCUCAGAUUUCAUCCAUGAUACAUAGCCUCUCCUCAGCCAUGACUCUCCUCUCUGCCAGCAUGAAGACCGUAAUCCUCUUCGCUGUGGCCUCCGUCGUCGCCGCCCGCAUGGCCUACCAGCUCCCAGAUGGGUUCCUGGAGAUCCUGGGCGGUGACCCCAAGCAAGUCUUCUCCUGUGAGAAUCGUCCCUAUGGCUACUACGCUGAUGUGGCCAACGACUGCAGGAUCUUCCACAUCUGCCAUCCUGAACUGGAUGAACUUACUGGCGGGAUUCUCCGGCAAGAUCAUUUCUCCUUCAUCUGCGGCAACCAGACCGUGUUUAGCCAGGAGUCCCUCACCUGCGCCCACUUGGAGGAGGCUUCGCCCUGCGACCAAGCCGAGUCUCUCUACGACAUUUCCAACGCUGAUUUUGGCAAGAUUCCGGAGCCGACCGACCAACCCGUCCUCUCAGAAUAACGUCGCUUUUCACUCGUAUGCGCGCUAUGGCCAAAAACUGACAUUAUGUGAAAUGAAAUCGGUUUCAUUUCAAAUGAAACUGUCCAUUUUGUCUCGUUUUCUGUUUGGGUCCUCCCAGCUUCGUCUGUUAGGUUAAGAGAGGACAAUUUCAAUUAACGUUUUUCACUACAUUUUGAAACUUUAGGAGAAUUUCCUACCCUCCUAACCUACCAGAGGACCUUUAACUUAUUGUUUUGAAAAAAAAAUCCAAAAUUCAUUUAAAUUUUUUCAUUUUCAAAUUACGUCAGUUUUCGGCCAUACGGGCAACCGGCUAAAUUCAGACGUAAUUUGUAAGAGGAGAGUUUGUUGAAGCUUGUAGAACAGUUGAGUGUGUGUUGCUGGUGCCCGUGUUGUUAGUCAUCCAAUAUAUUAAUAUGUGUUUAAAUGAUUUAUUAAAGUUUAUACAAUAAACUGUUUAAUUAAUGUGUUUUGUAGAAGUUAGGUUGAGUUGUUCCUUUGUGUUCUACAUGUGUAGCUUUCCUGUUUGUUCCACGUGGCGGUACACGAUAAACUCCUCGUGUUCUAAUGUGGAAAAAUAAAUCAAUGAAACUUUUUAACUCGGAAUAUCCAGCAUUGUUAAACACCGCAGGUUCACUGGUGAUAUUAUUUUGUGUGCAAUAUAUAUUGUGUCACUCCUCUGCUGGGCAGACAGUGAACCUGCGCACACGUGCAGGCACCCUGCAGGCGCAGGCAGGCACCCUGCAGGCGCAGGCUGGCACCCUUGAGACGCAGGCUGGCACCCUUUAGAAGCAGGCUGGGCCUGCUCACCUACACCUCUUGCUUUAAUAUUUCUGUACAUGUCCCACAUCAUUAAAAAAUGAACCCUC